GUCAUCCAUUCAACCGUUGCUCAACCUUUGCUUCCCUGUACGAAAAGACUGAGAUAAGGAUUAGGCCUAAUUGACCCAAAUACUAGAAAAAUAUCAUACAGCCUCACCGCUAGAUUCUGUUAAAAGAGUCAUCCAUUCAACCGUUGCUCUGUUUUGUCUUUGCCCGCUCCGCUGCCAUGGCUUUGAGCUUCUUCUGCAGUUCCGCAAUUUGCCCUCAACAUCAGGUGAAUGUGACAUUUGGGUGCAAAAACUCUCUUCAGAACGUGAAAAACCUCAUCAAAUCAAUUGGGGUUCCUUCAAAAUCGUGCUCCCCGCAUGAAUCUCUCCGAAAGGGAAACUGGGUCAAGCUCAUAUGUGGUGCUAGCUUUGAGGAUGUAGUCGAUAUCAGGAAUCUCUCCCUUGUUUACACUCUAGCGGGAGUUGAUUGCAUUGAUUGUGCUGCGGAUCCAUCCGUAGUCAAUGCUGUAAAUGAAGGCAUUGAAACAGCCAGGGAGAUUGUACCUAUUAGAAGGCCUUGGGUGAUGAUAAGUGUUAACGAUGAUGAAGAUCUUCAUUUCCGUAAAGCCGAAUUUGAUCCAAAGAAUUGUCCAUCCGACUGCUCAAGGCCUUGUGAGAUUGUUUGUCCUGCUAAUGCUAUAUUCUUUGAGAGAGAAACAGCAACAGUGGAAGUUCCCUUUGGUGCAAAUCGAACCGGUGAAUCAAAGGGCGGAGUCAUGACAGAACGCUGCUAUGGUUGUGGUCGUUGUUUUCCAGUUUGCCCGUAUGAUAAAAUAAGAGAGGUUACAUAUGUAAGAGAUGCUAUGGCUACAGCUGAACUCCUUAAAAUGAAAGAUGUUGAUGCCGUAGAGAUACAUACAAGUGGAAGGCAGACACAUCUCUUCGGAGAACUUUGGGAUGAAUUGGUGGAUUCAAUCAGAUAUCUGAGAUUAGUAGCAGUCAGCUUACCUGAUAAUGGGGAUGCAACUAUUUCGUCAAUGAAUGAAAUGCAUGCUAUCAUGGAACCGCAUCUAUCUUGCUUCAACCUAUGGCAGUUGGAUGGCCGUCCAAUGAGUGGAGAUAUCGGACGAGGUGCCACGAGAGAAUCAAUCGCUUUCGCUGUUCGUUUGGCUGCUUCAAGAGAAAGACCUCCUGGUUUUCUGCAGUUAGCAGGUGGAACUAAUGCUCAUACAGUUGACGGUCUGAAGAAAAGGGGACUUUUUCAAACACACAUUACUUCUGGUGCACCUAAACAACUGCAUUCUUUGAUUGGAGGAAUAGCAUAUGGUGGUUAUGCUCGGAAGAUUGUUGGAAGAGUCUUGAGUUCCAUGCAUUCCCAGCACGGUCUUACUAGCAUCGAGCAUCACCCUGAGCAUCUGCUGGAGGCACUUAAAGAAGCCCUUCACUUGGUUGGAACUGUCAAGUCCUAUAAGCACUUUGCCACGCAACCGUAGGCCGGCCUGUUUCUAACAUUCAGGUACCGCUCUUUCCAAAGGCGAUCCAUAAUGCUUGAUGCCCAAUUAUUUCAACUCUGUUAGGAAAAUCAUCUGUCUCCCUUCAAAGGCAAAGCAUUGAUCCUGAAAGAUAGAUUAAGCCGAAACCUUAUGAACAUUACCACAUGAAAUUUUGUCCAAUUUUUUAACGUUAAAUUUUAGGGCAGUUUACUUUCUUAGCUACGUUCAUUGUUGCUCAAAGAAAUGAAUAGCGUAUCCGUGUUCACUAUGA